UUUUGAACCCGACGUUUUAACACGCCUCUGAAACUAAAAGCGUACAUAUACAUUAUCUAGGGUUUAACACAUAGUCCCUCUUAAUCCACAGCCAUGGAAACUCAACCACCGCCAAUCAACUGGAGCAACAUCGUCAAGCAGCCGCCGAAGCCGCCGGCGACAAAGCCUCCAAUUGUAGCUCCGGCGAGCAUCGCCGCCGGAAGCUGUAAGUCGACGAAUGGGAUCGCCGUGGCGGUGGUGGACGCAAAUGCGAUAAUUCAAGGCGGAGAGAAGCUGCAUAAGAUGUCGGAUAAGUUCGUUUCGGUGGCGGAGGUUAUCGAUGAGGUGCGGGACCCGAGGUCGCGGCAUAGCCUCAAUUUGUUGCCGUUUGAUGUUAAUACCAUGGAGCCGUCUCCUGAUUCUCUUAAGAAAGUCAUCAACUUUGCAAGGGCAACUGGUGAUCUGCAGACGCUGUCAGAUGUCGAUCUUAAGCUUAUUGCUUUAACUCAUAUGUUGGAGGCUCAAAUCCAUGGAACAAAACAUAUCAGGGAUAGCCCUCCUCCUAUGCACACGGUUAAUGUGAAGAGGCUACCUGAGAAGGACUUGCCUGGGUGGGGCUCCAAUGUUCCUAAUUUGGAAGAGUGGGAAGCGCUAGAACAUGCAGUCGGGGAUGGAAACGGGCCUGAAUCGAGAAUACUUCCACUGAAAGAUUUGAAUAUGAAUGUUAUACCUGCAGAAGAUAAUACUAGUAUAGAUGAUGGUUCAGUGGGCAAUGCAGUUGAAUCUCAUUCGGAAAACAAAGAGGGCUUUGAUGGUGGUUAUACGAAACCGAGGAAGUAUUUUCCCAAAAAAAAAGAGGUUAAUAUAGAAGGGAAGAUGGUGGCUGCCGGAGUUGAUGCGUCUCAGGGAGCACUUGAUAACAAUACUGAUGAUUGGCUUCCCGCUGUUAGUCGAAGUACACACAGAAGAUUUCUUAGACGAAAGGCUAGACGUGAAACAUACGAGGAAUCGGUGGAGAAAGAUAUCCAAAAUGAUACAGCCAAGACCAUGGAUAGUGAUAAACAAGACAGUGCCAGCUACCAGGACCUGGUGACUGAUCAGUCUUUAAAUGAAUCACAUCUUGAAAAUGAGAUAGAGAAAAGUAAUGUUACAGAUGGAGAUCUUUCUACUAUUUUGACCCAGAUGAGGCUGGAAGAAGAUUCAUCAGAGGUAAUUGAAGAUGGUAAUGACGUAAGCAACCCUCAAGGGCCCGAGGAAGUACUGGAAGUUGAAAAUAUUUCUGAGGAUGGAGUUGAUGAUGAAGCUCAUGAGGUGGAACAUUUUAAUUUAUCUAACCAAGCUGGUGAAAGUGGUAAUGUAUCCAUUGCAGAUGACAAUAGUAGCGAACAGAGCUGGAUGUUAAGAUCUCUAUCUGAGUCAAGUGUGGCUUGUAUAACCAGUGACUUUGCUAUGCAAAAUGUUAUUCUGCAAAUGGGUUUACGAUUGGUAGCUCCAGGGGGAAUGCAGAUACGUGAGCUACAUAGAUGGAUCCUGAAAUGCCAUGCCUGCUACAAUGUGACUACGGAAAUUGGUAGAAUCUUUUGUCCCAAGUGUGGUAAUGGUGGGACAUUGCGCAAGGUAGCUGUUACAGUUGGUGAAAAUGGCAUUAUAGUUGCAGCUCGACGACCGCGUGUGUCCUUGCGUGGUACAAAAUUUUCACUGCCUAUGCCCCAAGGUGGGAGGGAUGCGAUCACAAAGAACCCUGUUUUACGUGAGGAUCAACUCCCACAAAAAUUUCUUCACCCGAAGACAAAAAAGAAGAAUAAAGAUGAAGACGACAUUUUUGCCUCAAAUCACAUCUUUCUCCACCAUACUGAUAAGAAAGCUCCGCUGCAACCCCCUGUUAGAAAAGCUCUGGCAGUUUUUAGCGGGAGGAGGAAUCCUAAUGAUAAUCACUACUCACGUGCCAAGCAUUAGAUAAUUCCCUUUUCAAAGUUAUGGCAUCUACAAUUUGCACAAUUUUGUUAUUAGGAGUUUGGCUUUUCUUGUUUGUGGUUAUCGGAAUAGUGAUACCUAAUGCUUGCUCAGCAACAAUGACAUAUUGACAUUAAUAUUUGUAAUUGGUGUUUCAGUACCAGACUGAAGGUGAUGUUUUGUUUUGUUUUUA